AUGGAGGGGCAAGGCAGGACCGCGGUGCCCUUUUCGCCAGCAGCAUUUAACAAGGAGAACAUCAAUCCAAACGCCUUCAAGUACUUGAAGGAUGACGAUUACGAUGGGAGCGAUGAUGACACGAUUACUCUAAUGGGUGACAUCCUCAAGACGGCCUUGUCGUCCAGGACCAACGAAGAUUUUACUUGUGAUCGAGUCCUUGGCGCUCUCGACCGACUGGGCCUGUUGGAUGCCUCCGCUCAGUCCUCGACCACGCCGUUCGAUGACAGAACAGAUACCGUCGCGUACACACCACCAGAGGCGUCCCUCCUGAACAAGCUAAUCAAGCAGGGCUUGCUCGACACCACCGAUUCGUCAGAAGAUCGGACGGACACCAUUAUUAGCACUCCCAGCGGUCCGGAGAUGUCCAUUCUAAGCAAGCUGCUUAAACAUGGGAUGCUCGACACCAGUGAGAAGGAGGAUACGGUUACCCUCACCGGCACGCUGCCCGAAGCUGCCUUGCUCAAUGCUCUACAGAAUAAGGGCCUCCUUGAUGCCUCUACUACUGUUGAGCGAAUUACCGAGACCGACGACACUAUUGCCGUUACGGAGACAAUCCCCGAAGCAGCGCUGCUCCGUGUCCUGCAGCAGCGAGGCCUCCUGGACACUCCUGCCGGCAGAUCUCAUCCUCCAGUGCACGACGACGAAGACACAAUCGCAGUUACCGAGACUCUACGCAACGCGGCCCUCCUCUCCGCUCUGCAGCAGCAGGACGAUACGGUGAGUGUCACGGAGACAUUGCCCGAGGCUGCUCUCUUAACCGCUCUUCAGCGGCAGGGCUUCCUGGACGCAUCAUCGAGGCAAUCUACCGCGUCCGAUGACACCAUGGCUGUAACGCAGACUCUGCCCGACGUCGUCACCCUCAACGCACUACAGCGCCAGGGUCUGCUUGCCUCGCCGCUUCGCAGACAGUCGGCAUGUACAGACGAAACGGCCAUGACUGAAACCCUGCCCGAGUUCGCAGUUCUUGCCGCGCUCCAGAGACUUGGCGCACUAGAUACGAGCAUCCGCUCGAGCUCCAAAGACGAUACCGACGGAGAUGACACUGGAGUGAUUACCGGAACGUACCCUGACGCUGCUCUUCUCGAUGCACUGGACCAGCACGGACUGCUCGACGCCACCCGCCAGUCCUCUUCCGGAGCCCUGCUGGGUGCCUUGGCGAGACACGGACUGCUUGACUCUCCCUCGCGAGUCUCCAUCUCAGGCGUCAGUGUUCCUGAUGCGAGCACGAACGACGAGGACGAAACCCUCGAGCUGUCGGCAAUCGAAAUUCCGGACAAGUUCUCGAAGGCAGAGAUUGCCUGCACGGAGUCGGCCGCGAGCAAGAGCGAAGCGGACGGUGAGGUCGAGGAGGUGACCGAGUUGGUCCGCACCGUACUCACGGGUAGCGACCUGCAGCACGAAGACGAGCCGAGUGAUUCGUCUGAUGGUAGCGACGACGACGACGACGCGGAAGUGCUGCCACAGAACCAGACAGUGGAGCGCAAACUCGAUCUGGAGGAAGGAGAGAAGUGGAAGGAGAAUGUCGUCAACAUCUCUGCAAGCUUCACGGAGCCGAGCUUCAUCGCUAAGGCACGUAAGAGCGAGCAGAGCGUGUAUUCGUACACCUCGGACUUCACGCCGAUGUUCAACAUCAGCUCCGUCUCGACCGCGACCGAGGACGAGAAUGAAGAGGCCCUCGAAGUCUCUGCCACGAUCCUGGUCGAAGUCGACGAAGUCAACGACGACGAAACUACAUCGAAACAAGCUAUGGAGGCGGAGGACAACGAUGUGACGGCCACGAUCCUGCUGGCGGGCGAGAGCGAAGAAGAGGCCCACGAGGUCGUCGAAGUGUCUGCCACGGCCCCGGAACGAGUCGAGGCCGAAGCCGGCACACGGGCACGCAGCGUGUCGGCCGAGUCGAUGACGGUGGACAUGCUGCGGCGGGAGCUGAAACAACGAGGCCUUACCACGAAGGGGAAGAAAACCGAACUGAUAGAUCGUCUGCGCUCGGUCUUGGACACUGAAGCGCGUCAGGAGAUCGUCUCUGUCGAGGACGAAGUGGAGACGAGCGGCGUGAGUGCUCUCGCCCUCGAGUCGGCCGAAGAGGCCGGCGCGAGUGACAGCAAGAGUACGAGAGAAGAGGAGCAAGACGCCAACGAGGCCCUUAGAAGCGAAGCGGAGGAGGAGAGCACGGAGGUGGCGGGCAUGACCAUCCAUGAGCUCCGACGAGAGUUGAAGAGGAGAGGCUUGGAUACGCGAGGGAAGAAGCAGGUUCUGGUCGAGAGGCUGGAGCGAGUCAUCGUCGAGGGCUCUGCUGAAGAGUCGAGCCUCGAAGGUGAGAGCGAGAGCGAAAGCGAGAAGGAGGAAGAAGCGAAGGAGGAAGCCCACGCGAGCGCGGACGAGGUCGAGGUCGAGGAAAAUGAACGAACGGUCAACGUCACUGUCGAAGCUAAGCCCGUACUCGAGCAGGUGGAAGACUUCACGCAGCAAUCUACGCUUCGCAUCCCGCCCGUGGCGGAAGACUGCAGCAGCAACAGCGACGACGAAGCCGAGGGCACCGACGAAGAAGAGGCCCAAGCCGAAGCUGACUUCGCGAAGAUGAAGGUCGCCGAGCUGAGGGCCGAACUGAAGAGGAGGAGAUUGCCGGCGCAGGGCCGCAAGUCCGAGCUCGUCGACAGGCUACGGGCAGCUCUUGUGUGCAAGCCCGACCAGAGCGACUCCGACAGCGAGACAGACGAAUCUGCCGAACCUGAACUCGAGCCUGCGUGCGAAGCGGUGCCGGUGCAGGAGGAGCGAUCGGAGGACAGCAGCCCGGUCGAAACCGAAGAAGCGCUGGUGCAGGCGACGGGGGAAUCAGUCGAAGAUGCAGCGAAACAGGGUGAGAACGAUGGAGACGACCUCAAGCCGGAAGAGAUGAAGGUCGAUGAGCUGAGGCGAGAGCUGAAGAAGAGAAACGUAUCGACUGGUGGAAGGAAGACCGACCUCGUUCACCGACUGCGUACCGUCUUGGAAGGCGAACUGCACCAGGAGGCUACCCUUGCGGCGCCAGAGGAAACCUUGCGGGAAGAAUGCGGGUCGGUACCACCGGAAGCGCCUUCUGGUGAAGCGACGGCGGAGGUUGUGGAAGCUGACGUCGAAGAGCGAAGGCCUGAGGAAGAGCAGGGAGAAGCGCAAAUCGAAAGUGAACGCGACAGCGACGCGGACGAGGAGGCAGACUUCGAUGCCAUGAAGGUCGUCGAACUGAAGCAAGAGCUACGGAAGCGCGACCUCCCGACGAACGGAAGAAAGCACGAACUGAUCGAGAGGCUUCGCGAGUUCGACCGACGAGAGCAAGACCACGCGCAUCACGUGGACGCGAAGAGCGAGAUCACCGACGAGGCAUCGGCCGCUGAACCCGUCGAAUCAAUCGGAGAAACCACCGUAGAGGAAGGACACAACACCGAAGAGCAGCAACCGACGGUAGAGACUGCGGGCGAGGACGAAGAAGAAACGGCGGAGGGACGAGUUGAACGAACGAUCGAAGAAGAGACGGAGGACGGUGCGGACAUGGGCGCGAAGGAAGCGAGCGGAGAAGUGAGAGAAGAAGAGGAGGAGAGCGAUGAGGUGGCAGCCGACGAAGAAGAAGAAGAAGAAGAAGAAAAGAUCGACCCCGAAUCCCUCAGGAAGUGCCAUCUGCCGACCAACGGGAGGAAGUUCGAGCUGGUCAGACGACUCCGUGACUACCUGGCGCAGGAAGAGGAGGUGGCCGAGCCCGCAGCUGUCGAAGAAGCGGUGGUGACUGAGGUCUUCGUCGCAGAGCCGCCGGCCGAGGAUGUGAGCGAUCACGUGCAGGCCAGCGCGGAUGGUGAAGACGAGGAGGCAGCGGAUGAAGGACCCAGUUCGGUCAAGGAGGCUUCGUUGGAGGAGGCAACAUUCGAAGCGAACAAUGCCGUCCAGAAGUCUGCAGAAGAAGUGGAUCGGGCUGAGGCGGAAGAGGCGGAGGAGGAGGAGGCCGACGACGAAGACCAAAACGAGAUGGACCUGGAGAAGAUGACC